UAGUUUCCAGUUGUCGAUAGAAUCGUGUUGUAGUUGUUUGCUUACUCGGGUCUGAUUAUAAAAGUACUUAUUUCAUCGAAAAGCGAUGAUAUUAACAAAAUAAAAUAAAUCCACUAAUAACAAGCUUAAUAAGCUUUUGUCUAUUCUAGCUACAUAAAUAGUUAAUAUUUUGCUGUAUACAUUGUCGAUAAUUUGACGUCGAUUGACAUAUUAUCGUUUCGCAAGCAGUUUCCACGGAGGUGUUUUAUUUGUGUUCGCUUAUUGGAAAACAUCCGCCAGGUGUAAUAUUUGUGAUAAUUGUGUAGUGUUUGUGAUUUUAGAGAAAUUCUUUCCUUUUACUGCCGAUUCUCGUAAGUCGCGGAGGCUCUUGUGUUAUAAUUGUGAAAGUAAAUUGUGGGGUAUUGAAUGUUGUUUGCUAUUCUUACGUCGUGUGAAAAAUGCUAGGACGUCGAUUGUGCCACAACAAUACUUCCAUGAAGGAGGAUGAACCAGCGGCGUUUCAGGACAUCACUUCAUAAUGGCUAGUUCUGAUCAGCGGCAGUGUUACAUCGCCGCCAGCCAUGUUGCGACCAGAAUCGCCUCUCGCUGAUCACCGCAGCCUGCUGCCGCGGCGGCUGCUGCCGGUUAAAGCUCAAAUCGCUCCAGCCGAUAAGAAAAAGAACCGUAGAUCUCUCGAACUAAACCCUCCGUCCAACGAUCAUGCACCAUACGACUAUCCAAAACUACUUAUUUCCAAAACAACCGACUCUCUCAACACGGAAUGUCCACGAAAACUUAUCAAUAAACAAGAUUCAUCGGACAGUUUGAAAAGAGCGCUCCUGUCUAAAGAUGAUAAGAAGUUCCCUGCUAAGGAAUCGGACAAAAAAGCGGUCGUGAAACAGGAUUCCAGUGAAAGUUUAAAAAAAUCAUUGUUGUGCCGACAAGACUCGAACGAUAGUACAAAAAGAAGAGACUCCGAUCCCAAAUGGAUGCAAAGACAGGAAGAGAGUAAAAAGAGUUUGGAAGUCAAACGAGGUGGGGAUAAAAAGGGCUUACUGGAGACUGACAUAGAUGAGCCCUGUAAGAGGAUAUACGAGAGGAGAACAGGGUGCGCCAGGCCCACUUUGCCCCCUGUCGCUGAGAAGGGGGUCUCGCCAAAAUCUCCCAAUGGGAGUCCCCAAACCCCAGGAGUUGCGGCUGUAGCCGAAGGAGUAGUUCGAUGGGGAAGCGGUCUCUUAUCCCCGAAAGAGGAACCGAGGUUAAGGCCUGCUAGAAGCUGGUAUGGCUACGGGACGCUCCCAACAGACAGUGAUAAGAUGGGAGCAGGUGCGAACGGGCCUGGUGGUCGGCGAGCGCUUGAGCUAAUCCUAAGCGGCGGUCUCAAGUCCUUAGCGAGACCUGCAAAGCCUGUUAGGAGAGCUGCUUCCAGAGACUCAGUGUUGUCGCAACCGCAACCACUGUUAGAAGGUCUCAGGAAAUGCUCGACAGUGCUCGCCCUGACGGACAGGGAGAAAGUUCCAGAACCGAUCAGGGCUCACAACCGACUGCGCGCACCUUCAGUCUGCUCUCGAUGCUCUUCGUUACUGUCCCUCGCUGGCGCAGGGGGGUCCAGGUACUCCCUGGACGGCGCCGGAGGAGGCUUUGUGCCAGCCGCUCCUAUUAACUGCAAGUUGUGCUUGGAGGACGCGACCCCGGACAAGAUCACAAUAAUAUCCGGCUGCGGCUGUACGUUCUGCACCAGGUGUAUGAAAGCAUACGUUGAAUUCGAAGUAUGUAAUGGCGCGUAUGAAGUUUCCUGUCCCGAUGAUCGCUGCUCAACUGGCGCCGCGCUGGCUUUGGACGAGAUCUCGUCCCUCGUCGCAUGUUCCGUCAUGGAGAAACAUCUCAAGUUCCGGCUUAACCACGAGGUGGCGAUGGAUGCAAUGCGUGCGUUCUGCCCGCGGCCUGGCUGCGACACGGUGGUACAAGUUCGCGCCGCCAGUCCCGCACAUUGCCCUACAUGCAGACACGACUUUUGUUCGCAAUGCAACCAAGAGUGGCAUGGUGGAUUAUCUUGCGAAGCGGCCGCCGCUUCGUCCUCUAUGGCGGGUGUGGGAGCGCCUUUGCUACCCGACUCCGAGCUGAUAAAACUGUGUCCGAUGUGUCGAGUGCCCAUUGAAAAGGAUGAGGGUUGUGCUCAAAUGAUGUGUAAACGCUGCAAGCAUGUGUUCUGCUGGUACUGCUUAGCCUCUUUAGACGAUGACUUCUUGCUCCGUCACUACGACAAAGGUCCCUGCAAGAACAAACUAGGACAUUCGCGAGCUUCAGUGCUCUGGCAUCGUGCACAGGUGGUGGGUAUUUUCGCGGGCUUCGGCCUCCUGUUGCUCGUUGCGAGCCCGCUGCUACUUCUGGCUGCGCCUUGCAUCGUCUGUUGUAAAUGCAGACUCUGUAACCCCAACACCAAGAAUCUUGAAGAAGUCGACGAGAUAGAGAGUAUAAGUCCAGGAAGAGAAGACGAUGGGGACGAGAUAACACGCGCGAGGUAUCUCUCCGACUGACGGCGACGUUACUAAUUUGGGACGUUUCAAAAUGUACCCUAUGUGCAGGUAAUACGUACCACUGUCGUGUGUAAACGUUUGAGUUAUUACGAAGAAUAAUUCGAUUGGUUGUUGGGAAUGAUCGUGAAGGUUAAUCGAAGGUCACUUUUCCAUUAAAAUGCAAUGUGAUAAUGACGGCUUAGGAUCGAUGUUAAUUUUUUUCUAUAAUGAAACUAUUUAUUUAGUACGGAUAUGACAUUCAAAUUAUAGUUGGAAA